UGCUUCGCGCGAACGCAUCAGACAGUCCGUCCGCGCGCACAGAGCGACAGCAGCAGCAGCCGCAGCCGCAGCUCCCGUAGACACCGACUCGCGUCUCAUUUAUACAUUCUGAGUGUUAAAUACCGACGAGAACGAUGGUCUGAAGAGAUUUAGGGAGAUCAAUUCGUGAAUGUAAUUCCAUUACAUUCAUCUGAUCAGCGCGCGUAAAGGGCCGCUUUGGUUUUGCCGUCUCCUCAGUCGCCUUCUCUCUGAGAGAUUCAAGUGCCCAUGCGAUUCUUCAGACUCACCUUUAAGUGUUUCGUGGAUUGUUUUUGAAGGUGCUGUUUCAAAUCGGUGUCUUUUUCUUUUAUGAUCUAUUAUUUCUUUUCCAAACGCGCUUUUUGAUAAAACAAACCAAUAAUACCGUUGCCAAUUUCGCCGAGAGAGUCAAACUGCCAUCCCUUGUAACCGUUUGACAUUGAGGAGAAACGGACAAUACAUUCGUGAAGAAUAACACUGCUGGUUUUAUUAAAUAAAAGGAUAAAGGACCAGAUCCUGUGCACCUGAAGAGGAACAAAAGGGACAUCUUGGUGUGAAUAAAAGAAACUGACUUCAUCCAAGAACAAUAAGAGAUCAAAUAUUUAUUUUUGACUGCUGAUUUAAGCCCUUCUCGAGUCUCGUGAGGAGGUUCGUUUGCUUUGUUUACACGAGAGAUGGAGAAAUCCUCUCUGAACGCAGACUGCUGCGCCCUGAACACGAUCCUGGUGGAGGAGAAGAAGGGCCAUCUCAUUCCCAAUGGAAACGCGCAUCAAGGCGUCAAUGGGACCCUCAACGGCGGACCCAUAUCAGCCGCCACUGGAGCCAUAUCGGCGGCGGCGGAGAAGAAGCAGGGCUUCCCCGAGCGAGAGACGUGGACCAGACAGAUGGACUUCAUGAUGUCCUGUGUGGGGUUCGCCGUGGGGCUGGGGAACGUCUGGCGCUUCCCGUACCUGUGCUACAAAAAUGGUGGAGGAGUGUUCCUCAUUCCUUAUGUGUUGUUCAUAUUUCUGGGAGGCAUUCCGAUAUUCUUCCUGGAGAUUGCGCUGGGUCAGUUUAUGAAGGCUGGAAGCAUCAAUGUGUGGAACAUUGCACCUCUUUUUAAAGGACUUGGCUAUGCCUCCAUGGUGAUUGUGUUCUUCUGUAACACGUACUACAUUAUGGUACUUACCUGGGGUUUCUACUACUUGAUAAAGUCCUUCAAUUCCACGCUGCCCUGGUCCACUUGCGACAACCCGUGGAACACCGAAAACUGCAUCGAGAUCUUCCGCCACGGCGACUGCCAGAAUGGCACCAUUGGCAACUCCACAUUCGGAAACCUGACGUGCGAAGAGCUUGCUAAUGGGCGUUCCCCUAUCAUUGAAUUCUGGGAGAACAAGGUUCUGAACAUCUCUGAUGGGCUGGAUGAGCCAGGCGCCAUACACUGGGAACUGAUGCUGUGUCUUAUGGCCGUGUGGGUGAUGGUUUACUUCUGCGUGUGGAAAGGUGUGAAGUCAACAGGAAAGAUUGUGUAUUUCACUGCCACGUUCCCGUAUGUGGUCCUGAUCAUUCUCCUGGUGAGGGGCGUCACUCUUCCUGGUGCUUAUGAUGGGAUCAUGUACUAUGUCAAACCUGAUUGGUCUAAGCUAGGAGAGGCACAGGUCUGGAUCGAUGCUGGCACACAAAUCUUUUUCUCUUAUGCUAUCGGGCUCGGAGCCCUCACGGCCCUCGGCAGCUAUAACCGAUUCAACAACGACUGCUAUAAGGACGCUUUCGUUCUGGCUCUUAUUAAUAGUGGCACCAGUUUCUUUGCUGGUUUCGUGGUCUUCUCCAUCUUAGGUUUCAUGGCGUCAGAGCAAGGUGUGGACAUCUCUAAAGUGGCUGAAUCAGGCCCUGGUUUGGCGUUCAUAGCGUACCCUAAAGCCGUUUCUCUGAUGCCCGUGGCUCCGGUGUGGGCUGCCCUAUUCUUCCUCAUGCUGCUACUGCUAGGACUGGACAGUCAGUUUGUUGGUGUGGAGGGUUUCGUAACUGGCAUUCUUGAUCUUUUCCCUGGAAAGUAUUACAUGCGCUAUCAGCGCGAAAUCGCUGUGGCGAUCUGCUGUUUAUUAUGCUUCAUUAUAGAUCUCUCCAUGGUUACACAGGGAGGGAUGUUCGUCUUCCAGCUUUUUGACUACUACUCAGCCAGUGGAAUGACCCUACUGUGGCAAGCAUUCUGGGAAUGCGUGGUUGUCGCGUGGGUUUAUGGUGCUGACAGGUUCAUGGACGAUAUUGCCCGUAUGAUCGGUUACCGGCCAUUCCCGUGGAUAAAGUGGUGCUGGUCCUUUAUAACUCCAUGUGUUUGCAUGGGUAUCUUCCUAUUUCACCUGCUGAACUACAAGCCUCUGACCUACAACAAUGUGUAUGUGUACCCGUGGUGGGGAGAGGUGAUCGGAUGGUGUCUGGCUCUCUCCUCCAUGCUCUGUAUCCCCGUUAGCCUUCUGUACAAGCUCUCUGGAGCCAAGGGAACAUUCAGAGAGCGUUGGGAAAAUCUGACCAAACCGGUGUGGGGAGCCCAUCACCUCGAAUACAUGGCCCCUGACACUGACAUUAAAAGCCUGGCCUCUCUGUCUCCUGGAACGGAGGAGAACAAGGUGAUCAUUUUUGAGAGUGUUAUGUAGAUCAAAGGGAACCCUCCUAAGGCAAGCUGGUUGAAGAAAUCGUCAGUAUUUUUUUUUUUCUUUUCAUUUUUGACAUUUGAUGGAAUUCUGCAUCAUCUUACAGUCUUAAAACAGCUGAUGGAAAUUGACAGUUACAUUUUGUUUCAUACAGAUCCUCUAGCAGAUGCUCUUCCUCUUCCACCUGUUGAAACUGCAAACUAUAUAAAUGAAAUCAUUUAUCAGCAUGUCUUUGGAGGGGACAGUAUAGUGUAGCCUAUAACAUUAUUUCACAGAGCGGCAGAAUUCCCACAGGCCACUUUCCUGACCGUGAUAUGGGUCUCUUUGCACUGACACGAUAAUCAAAUCUGAGCAAGAAGCACAUGGUUAAAAUGAAGCAAAAGGGAAAAAAUGAUCUACAAAUGCAUCCUUGACUUAAACUGGCCCAAAACGCAUAUACACACGAUAAUCUCAAAUUCAUAAAAUCUAAAUUCGUAUAAACGUACGCUUCAAUAAACAGUGUUGCAUUUAACUGAUCAGCAAAAAUAGAUACAGAUUUAACAAUCAAACUAAAUGUCUUUGCAGAUUUCAUGUCAAUAAGGCCACAUGUAGUUGCCAAAUGGUGAAAAAUCAUUUCUCUAGCUUUCUUUUUGAUGUGUCUUCAUCUGAGACAGGUGACCUCAAUUCCUGCUGCGUGAUAUCACAGCGUUUACUGUAAGUGCCAAACAGAGCGUGACUUCCCAUCUCUGCUCAGGCUUGUCAGGAGAUGGUUUUGGUUGCCAUAAAUAAAAUCAAUAUCUUCCUAGUUCAUCUGAAAUGUACCGUGUGCUCGAUCUAUCAUGUACAUCAAGAGAUGCAUGUUUGGAAACAUCUAAAGAGUUUUGAGCAGACACAGGCAGGAUUUCAACUGAAGAAGUGGCACUUUCCUGAAGUGCUUGUGAACCAAAAGUUGCAUUUUGUUAAAGACUGAAUUGUUAAAGUCAACAUGAAACAUCCAUUUUUCAGAAUGCAAUUAAUCAUUUAUCCAGUAUUACUCUGAAUAACAUCACUUUACUGAAUUAAAAUGGGCUGCAAGCAACGUUUCAUGCCGACUUUAAUUAGAAGUUUACAAUUUUAGUUUCAGUUCUAUAUUUUGAGUGCCAGUGUUAAAAUGAGCUCUAAGAUUUUUAGUUUAUGAUUUUAAAUCAUAAUGGAAACCAAAGUCAUUUUUUAAAAAAUGCAAAAAGCAAAUAAAACAUUGUAAGGUUUCAUGGAAAUGCAUAUUAUCAUAAAGAUUCCUCUAGCUUUAACAAUUCAAUAACAACUACAGAUAGUAGUAGGAAUAUAAGAGAUAAAUGAAAAGACAACGAUUAUUCAAACCACAAUUUGAAAUGUUUUCCACCUGGUAGAAGCACGUUUUUUAAUUUAUUUUAUUUUAUUUUGCCAAUGUCAGGUGCAGAACGUUAACUAUCCGAGAGGAGAUCUUGAUCUCUGUUGUUCUGCUGUAAACACAUUGCAGUUUUUGACACAUAGUUGCCAAACUUUGCCUUUAUUUGUCUUAAGUUGAGAACCCAUAGACAAAUAGCCAAGACUAAACCAAGACAAACUGGCCUCAUUCUGACCUGUGGGAAUUCUGCCCUGUAGAUAAUCAACUCAAACACUAAAUCAUUGUGACAUCUUAGAUCUAAUCAGAAUGUACAAAUUAGACUACAUAAUGUAAGGCUUCAGAAUACAUUUGCACAUUGUUGUAAAAUAAUCUGCUAGCACUUUUUAAUCGUGUUAGAAAGUUUUUUUUUUCUUGUGAUUUACAUACUGUAAAAUAAAUCAGAGAUUUAUUUUGUGAAGGCUAUUAUUUUGCUUAUAUGCAUAUAAAUAUAAAUACAUAUUGAUAUUUGUGUGUUAUAUUUUAACGUUUGAUGCUGUAUGUACUUUUGAUAAAGAUGAUAACAUGGAGUGGGAAUUCUUAGUGAAAUGCUGCAAAGCAGUUGCCGGGAGGCAUAUGAGACAGAUAGCACACAAACUUUGUUUUAUUUGAAAUAUCAAGUGCUGCAGUUGUUAAAUGUUUUAGAUUGUGUGUGUAAAACUCCAGUAUUUUCUGCUGACCACCCAGAAUCCAGCUCGAUUUGGUUUUCAUUCAGCAUCUACAUUGGAUAGGCUGUUUACCUUGUUUUGGUUAUAAUUUAAUCUCUCACUGUAAAAUACCCAUAAACCAAGUCUAUGAUUUUGAGGAACACUAGAACAUUUCCAUUAAAAAAACACAUUAAGCAGUUUCCCCCUUAAAUGGGUUUAUACAUGUGUGUAUAUAUAUAUAUAUAUGCUGUCAACGAUUAAUCGCGAUAAUCGCAUCCAAAAUAAAAGUUUUUGUUUACAUAAUAUAUGCGUGUGUACUGUGUAUAUUUAUGUAUAUAUAAAUACACACACGUGCAUAUAUAUAUUUCAGAAAAAUAUGUUAUGUUUAUAUAUUAAAUAUAUUUAUAUAUAAUAUAAAUUAUAUAAAUUUAUUUUAUGUAAAUAUUUUCAAAAUAUAUACUGUAUGUGUGUGUAUUUAUAUAUACAUAAUAAAUACACAGCACACACAUAUAUUAUGUAAACAAAAACUUUUAUUUUGGAUGCGAUUAAUCGUUUGACAGCACUAAUCAUAAAAUAUGUCCAUUUUAGUGGCACAUUCAUUCAUUCCCAUAGAGUUGAACAUGCCUUUAUGACUGUCUGUAGAGAGAAUGAAAUGAUCUAAGUGCCCCUCAGACAUCUGAGGACUAAGUUAACCUCCUCAUCGCUUCAAAUUUAGAGAUACUGGUUUACCAAAGGCCUUAAUCUUUAACCAUUUAGUCCAAUUUGACUUAAAGGAAUAGUUCAUACAAAAAUGAACAUUUGCUGGAAAUUUACUCACCAUCAGGCCAUCCAAGAUGUAGAUGAGUUUAUUUCUUCAUCAGAACAGAUUUGGAGAAACUUAGCAUUACAUCACCAAUGGGUCCUCUGCAGUGAAUGGGUGCCGUCAGAAUGAGAGUCCAAACAGCUGAUAAAAACAUCACAAUAAUCCAUACCACUCCAGUCCAUCAAUGAACAUCUUGUGAAGUAAAAAAAAAAAAAAUGUGUUCGUAAGAAACAAAUCCAUCAAGAUGUUUUUAAAUUCGGUUUUACGAUUGUGAUGCUUUGAUCAGCUCUUUGAGCUCUUAUUCUGAUGGCACCCAUUUGACAGCAUCAACAUGUUGGAUGGCCUUAGAGUAAAUUUUCAGCUAAUUUUUAUUUUUGGGUGAACCAUUCCUUUAAACAAAUCAAACACAAAUUUUCACCAUCAGAAAAAUUCAUUUUUUUCCAUCCAGAUAAGAGCCUGGGUUGGUCAGUAGAUCAAUUAUUAAAUAGUGUAGAAAUGUUUAUCUAGAAAAAAAAUACAUGUUAACAAAGUAAGAAAAAAUGUUUUAUGUAAUUUCUUGUGCUCUGCCAAAUGUUCUCGACAGUAUCUUUUCACUGAAGGUUUGCUGAAUGUUUGUCGAGCUAUAGAGAGCAAAAAUUACACAACGUCCUUAAAGGGAAUGGUGAAUAGCACAGUAGAAUCACAGCUGAAUCAAUCUCAGAGUGCAGCGUGUUCAUUUAUUAACUCAAUUAGCCUCUGUUUAAUGAUUCCAAAGACUUAGUUACAGAUUCAGUAGAACCAAACAAUAAAGCAGACCUCGAGAGGACCAUCUAAUGAGAGAGUCCAAAGCUUUGGGUGACGAUACUGUCUUGAAACUUCACAGUUGACCUGGUAAUAAGCUCAUUGACGUCUUUCAUUCUUGUGGUUUGUAACACACUGUGAUGUAACCAUGGUUGUUCAUUUUUAACUCUAACAGUAGUAAAGCUAAGGUAACUGUACCGUGUGUGUUAGUGUCCCAUCUAACAGGAUCCCUCUCAUGUAAGAAGGGCUUCAUGCUCCACCACUGUGAUCUUGUGCUGAUCCACCUGCCCAAGUCAAAGCAACAAAUGGCAAUAAACUAACUCCAUGAAAAAUG